UGUAAAUUAUACAGUGGUAACAGUGUAGAUAUAUCAAAACAUCACAACACAUCUAAAAUUAACGACAGCUGAAGUUCUGACCAUGUUUUGCAGUCUAAAAAAAUAUGUUUAUCUCAACAGUAGAUGAAGUUUAGAAAUUCGCAUGCUGGCGAUGUCACAAAGAUAUUUUUCUUUACAACUAUCUUUAGUGAUCAUUGUAAAUGUUUUUUCUAUGUAUGCUUAUGGAACUAAUUAUACAGUUGACUGCAUUAAUCUACAAAUAGGACAAUACAUAUGCCCACAUCCGAAUUUCGAUCUCAUCGAUCGGACUACUCAACAAAUUCGAGGAUGUUCAAAAGAAAAUAAAGCUAGAGUUGACUGUUUAGCAGGGGAUGGUUUAAUAUGUUCAGAAACCCUAAAUAAUACAUUUAAAAAAGACAUACCUUGCAAAUGGACCAAUGGUUAUUCCUUUGAAACAUCAGUACUUUUAUCAAUAUUCCUUGGAAUGUUUGGAGUGGAUCGAUUUUACCUUGGAUAUCCAGCGUUAGGAUUAUUAAAAUUAAGCACUCUUGGAUUUUUAUUUAUUGGCCAAUUUUGUGACGUAAUUCUUAUAUCAACUCAGAUAGUUGGUCCUGCGGAUGGUUCACACUACGUAAUGCCAUAUUUUGGUGCAGGAAUCAAUCUACUUUAUAGCGAUAAUUUUACUUAUAAAGUACCACAACACGAUUGGUGAUAUAAUAGAAUAACAGAAUACUAAA